UUCAGGUUCUCAAACACAAUCAGAGAUUGAAGCUGUGAAAAACAGACUUACCGCAGCUUCUAACAAACGCCAGCGAUUUGAGAACGAUCUCUUCGAUAUUUUGCCGCCUACUACUGCAGAAGUUGUCGAUCUGAGUUCCGAUGAUGAGGACAUCGUCGUAGUUGGCGAAAAGAAGGCCGAACCUGAAGAUCUUCCACCUGCGCGAGUGAUAGAUUUUUUGAUGGAAGAGCGGGAAAGGAUUCGCGCAUCUCGACUCAAGCCGUCGCAGGUCUAA